ACUUGUCUAUUAGCGUCACGGGAACCGCUAUAAAACCGGAGAGACUCAUCACAGCGCCUCAAAAAUAAAAAACCACGAAAUCUCAGCAUUGCACAGAAACUCUGCUUCUCAUCAUUGAAGGGGUUAUGAGAUUAUCACUGCUAAGGAUACGCUAUAAUUAAGAAUUAAAAAUGACCAAAUCCUACCGAGAUAAUGGUUUGAUCAUGCCCGAGUCCCAGCUAGCUAGAGGUUGGGUGGAUGAAUGUUUGAACGCUCAGGAUGAAAAUGAUAUGGAGAAAAGGGAGGAAGAGCUGGAGAGUUUGAUAAAAGAUGAUGAUAACGAUUCUCUUAAACAUAAUGGAGAUGAGAAUGAUGAAGAGGAUGGGGAAGAUGACGAUGAUGAUGACGAUGAAGAGGAUGACGAAGAUGAUGAAGACAACGAUGACCAAAAACCCAAAAGACGUGGUCCUAAGAAGAAGAAGAUGACCAAAGCGCGUCUGGAGCGCUUUAAAAUGAGGCGGAUGAAGGCCAAUGCCCGAGAAAGGAACCGUAUGCACGGUCUCAACGCUGCCCUCGACAACCUGCGCAAAGUUGUCCCCUGUUACUCGAAAACGCAAAAGUUGUCCAAGAUUGAGACUUUGCGCCUGGCUAAAAAUUAUAUCUGGGCUCUUUCUGAGAUUUUGAGAUCCGGGAAAAGUCCAGACUUGGUGUCUUUUGUGCAGACCCUCUGCAAAGGAUUGUCCCAGCCUACCACCAAUCUUGUAGCUGGGUGCCUUCAGCUGAACCCCAGAACUUUUCUUCCAGAACAGAACCAGGAUAUGCCACCACAUAUGCAAGCAGCCAGCGCUUCCUUCACUUUGCAUCCUUACUCAUACCAGUCGCCUGGUCUUCCUAGCCCUCCUUACGGUACCAUGGACAGCUCUCACAUCUUUCACGUCAAGCCCAAUUCUUAUGGAACAGCUCUGGAGCCCUUUUUCGAAAGCACUGACUGCACCAGCCCUUCUUUUGAUGGUCCUCUCAGCCCUCCACUUAGUGUAAAUGGGAACUUUUCUUUGAAACACGAGCCUUCUUCUGAGUUUGAUAAGAAUUAUGCCUUCUCCAUGCACUAUCCAGCAGCCACUAUAGCUGCAGCCCAAGGUCACGGAUCAUUGUUCUCCAGCGCUGCUCCACGAUGUGAGAUCCCCAUAGACAGCAUCAUGUCAUAUGAUGUCCACUCACACCAUGAACGAGUCAUGAGUGCCCAGCUUAAUGCCAUCUUUCACGACUGACUUUGUUUUGAAAGAUCAAAUCCAUUAAACUAAUGUAUUCAACUGUCUCGUUUACAAGCAGCAGCCAGUAUUGGCACCAUUGCUGCAAAAGUGCAAAUUGCCCUUGGUUCUAGAGACUCACCUUAAUGAUUAUUUACUGCCUUUAAAAGCGGGGAUCUAAGGUUCCUUUCCUCCCAAUGUAUUAUACUUUGUAAAGCUCUUCUACCCUAGAACCACUCCCUAAAAUUGGAGUGUAAGCAUUCUGCUCAUAUCGUGUUAUUUAUCUGAUCCAGAUAAACAAACAAAAAAUCGCAAGCAAUAAUUAGGAUCUAUGCAAUUUUUAAACGAAUAAUGGGCCAAUCAGAUACAUAUAUAUAAAUAUAUAUAUAUAAAUAUAUUUUUCAACCAACAGUUUACUACGACUUGUUAAUGUACUCAUGCUGAAUUAUUUUGUUGUGAUUUUUGUACAGAAUUUUUAAUGACUUUUUAUAAUGUGAAUUUGCUAUUUUAAACCAUACAGCUCCAUCGAUAUUUUAUACAUGCGGUAAAAAAAAAAUCGAAUUAUAUCUAAUUUAUCCAAAAUAAAUGUAAAUAUUUUAAACCAGAAACGAGAUAAUUAAACUGUUUUUGUGUUGCCUUAGACGUUUUUAUUUAUUAUUUUUUUGGAGAAAAAAAAUAGAGAUUAAUCUCUCCUACAGAUUAGACGGUUCCAGUUACUCAUAUUAUUGUUACACCGCCACCGGCAGGUGAUUUUAUUACCGACCCUUAUUAUGUGGGUUAAGCUUGUAUACAUUUUCGCUGAAUUUAUUUGACUUUUUAUUCAUUUUUUUUAAAUUCACUAAUCGUAUGCCAUCUCCGGAUACAAAACCUGAUUACUUUGUAAAUGAAAAAAAAAAUCAAUGAUACAUCUAUGACGCAUGAAUCAAAGUUUCUGUUACAUUUUUUAUGGAAACUACGUUAAUUGCCGGCGUGUGAGCUACAUUCAGUGGUAACUUAGUGCAGUAGUUUGAACCGAUACAAAUCCAUUAAGUCUGCAAUUAGGUUAAUGGUUACCGCAUGUUUAAUACAUUGAUGUAUGAAUUGUAAAUUUGGUUCAACUAAAAUGAAUUUGUACUGUAAAUUUGUAUGUAAUCCUGUAUUUUAUUAUGUACUGCACUCUGGAGUUAAGCACACACAAACACAUCCACUUAAUUAAGAAAAUGCAUUUAACAUUUUUAUUCAAGUUUUCAUUCCUCUCAAUAUGAUUUUUUUAAUUAUUAUUAUUGUAAGUAAUUCCUAUGGGAUUAUUGUUUUACUCUGAUAGCUCAUGCAAGUGGAACGUUUAAUAUUUGUAGAAUAAAUUGAUUAAAACAAAUAA